AUGUUGACCGCUGGCAGGAGGCCAGUUGUACCGGCAGCCGCAUGGAACGCGCUCCACCCAUCCAGCUUGUCCAUCUCCGCCCUCGAAAACUGCAAGGGCAGUACGGGAGCGGAGGCCGAGUCUGCCGCCUCGAUCCUUAAAGUGGUGGGUGAAGAAGUGGACCACGAGGUUCAGCAAGAGGAGGCAACUUGGUGGCCCAGGCUGGUGGCACGUUUGAACUCCAUGCUCAGGGAGAACAAGCUAGGCGCACGUGCGGCUGCCAAUGUGUUCUGGGCACAUGGAGAGCUAUACGACAAAGUGGAUGCUUGCAAUGAGCCUCUUGUGGUUGAGCUCAGCAAAUACGUACAGCAGAAGGCAUCUGCCAUGAAAGCACAAAAGCUAUCGAACUGCUUGCUGUGUGCUGCGAAGCUUGAAGAUUCCGUGCCGAAAGUGUCAGUUGCUGCGCCGGACAUUGCAAAGUGUAUCGUAAAGGGAGUCGAAAACAUGGUUCCUCAAGACCUGUCGAACAACCUCUGGGCGGCUGCGAGGUUGCAAGAUGCAGUGCCGGAGGUGCUUACAGCAGUUCCUGCCAUUGCGUCAAAAGUCCCCAGCAACGUAGCAGGAAUGGUUCCUCAAGCGCUGUCAAACACUCUGUGGGCAGCUGCGAAGUUGCAAGAUGCAGUGCCGGAGGUGCUUACGGCAGUUCCCGCCCUUGCGUCACGUAUCCCUGACAAGGUAGAGGUGAUGGUUCCGCAAGACUUGUCGAAUAAUCUCUGGGCGGCUGCGAAGUUGCAAGAAGCAGUGCCGGCGGUGCUUACGGCUGUUCCUGCCAUGUCAUCACGCAUCCCUGACAAGGUAAAGGACAUGGUUUCUCAAGAAUUGUCGAACAGCCUCUGGGCAGCUGCGAGAUUGCAAGACGCAGUGCCGGAGGUGCUUAUUGCAGUUCCCGCCAUUGCGUCACAUAUCCCUGACAAGGCAGAGGACAUGGUGCCUCAAGCGCUGUCAAACAGUCUGUGGGCAGCUGCGAGGUUGCAAGAUGCAGUGCCGGAGGUGCUUACGGCAGUUCCAGCCCUUGCGUCACGUAUCCUUGACAAGGUCGAAGACAUGGUUCCUCAAGAGCUGUCAACUUGCUUCUGGGCGGCUGCGAAGUUGCAAGAUGCAGUACCCGGGGUUCUCGUGGCAAUGCACGUCCUUUCUGAGCAGUUGACUUGUCAAAUUAUGGUUUUGAGCCUGCAAGACUUGCAAAUGUCUGUCUGGGCAGCUUCAGAGCUUGGUGAAGAUGAAUUAGAAAGACAGCUCAGGCAGAAGUUAGCCCAGCGAAAGCGCUAA